UAAUGUCAUUAAGAGCAUUUAUUUUGAUUUGUUUGAUAUUUUUAGGAUAUUGCAAAGAAUCAGGUGAAAAACAUCUUACAAUAUUUACGUAGUCAAUAGGUUCUAUGUUAGUUUCAGAAAUUGGAGACAAAGUAAAUGAAACUAUUGAGAUAAAAAUAGACAUUUUUCUUGGCUGCAAUUUUGUCAAUGAAGUUCAAUAGACUGGCUGUAUUCACUGGAGCAGCAGGAGCAUUAGUCUUAAUGACAGCAAUUAGUUGUGCUUUUGGUAUUAUAGUUCCUACUCUUUUGCCUCGCUUUUAUACUGCAAUUGUAGUGACGAUUAUUUUUUACUUCUUUGGAGGUAAAUUACUCUUUGAUUGGUAUCAUAUGGAAAAUGAAGGGGAUAAAGAAGAAUUAAAAUAAGUGGAAUUAGAGUUAGAAGAAUUGGAUAAAAAAUUAUUGAGCAGCCACAAAAUCUUAGAUCCUGAAAAUCCAUCAGAAGGACAAAAAACAAGUAAUCAUAUAUUUAGAUAUCUCUAGAUUUGGCAGUUGUAGUACCUAUUUAAUAAAUUAUCUGGCAAGCCUUUAUCAUGACAUUUUUGGGAGAAUGGGGUGAUAGAAGUUAGAUAACUACUAUAAGUUUAGCAGCUGUUCAAGAUGCUGAUAUUGUGUUUUUGGGAUGUAGCAUAGGUCAUAUAAUAUGUACAACAAUUGCUGUACUUGGAGGGAAACUGUUAGCUCAUUAAAUCUCUGAGAAGACUGUUAAUUUGGUUGGAGGAAUAGUAUUUAUCAUAUUUGGAUUGAUGCAUACUUAUGAUUUAAUGACAGGAAACUUAGAUUGAU